AUGGAGCGGCCCACGCGGGUGCCCGGGCCCCUCCGCCUCCUGGGCUUCUUUGAGCGGAAGCCACAGGCCGUCGGGGGGGAGAUGUCGCCAGAACCGGAGCCGGAGCCAGAGGAACCUGCGGAGAUGCACGUCGCGCUGCCCCUGGGCGAGGACGGGGAGCUGGUGGAGUGCCCCCUGGGCCUGCUGCCCCAGCCCCCCGAGGCCUUUCCCGCCCUGGCCUCCUGCGCCUACCGCUCGUGCCAGGCCUGCCUGCAGCAGUACCUGCGCAUCGCCGUCAGCGAGAGCCGCGUGCAGGCGGCCUGCCCGCACUGCCCUGCCCCCCCCCAUCCUGCCGAUGUACACCGGCUCCUGGCCGAGCCCGCCCUCCGUGAUAAGUACGAGGAGUUCCUCCUACGACGGCUGCUGGUGGCCGACCCCGGCACCCGCUGGUGCCCCGCGCCCGACUGCAGCUACGCUGUCAUCGCCUACGGCUGGGCCGAGUGUCCCCGCCUCACCUGCGGACGCGAGGGCUGUGGCACGGAGUUCUGCUACCACUGCCGGCAGCCCUGGCACCCCGAUGGCCCCUGUGCCCCAGCGCCGCCGGCCCCCAGCCUGGCCGACCCUGCAGCACAGCUAGUCCACCUGGAGGACUCAGCCCAUGGUGAGGAGGCUGAGGCUGAGGACAUCAAAGUCUGUCCCCGCUGCAGUGCCUUUAUCAUGAAGAUCAACGACGGGAGCUGCAACCGCAUGAACUGCACAGUUUGUGGCUGCCUCUUCUGCUGGCUCUGCCUGCAGGAGAUCUCUGAUGUGCACUUCUUGAGCCCCUCUGGCUGCACCUUCUGGGGGAAGAGGCCUUGGUCACGGACACGGAAGAUCCUGUGGCAGCUGGGCAUGGUGCUGGGGGCGCCUAUGGUGAUCUCCCUCGUCGCGGGCAUCGCUGUCCCUGUCAUUACCAUUGGGAUCCCCAUCUACAUGGGUAGGAAGGUGCUGGGCCAGAGCCGGAGGAGCAGCCUGUCGGGGUGCCAGCAGUGCCUCUCCGUCACCAGCAGUGUCCUCCUCUCUCUCUUUGUGUCCCCCAUCAUCACAGCUGUCACUGUGGGUAAGCGCGCCGGGCCAGGGCUGAGGGCUCUGCCCAUGUGCUGGGGGCCGCUGCAGCAGAGCGUCUCCGAGGGGAUGGAAGGCAUCAACAUCGAGGUGGAGGUGUCAAUCGAAGCUGUGCCACAUCCUGCCCGGGAGCAGAGCCUGUGCAGCGUGCUGUCAGGGCAGAGUCUCUCCGGGGACUCCCUGGGCGGCAGCAGCGACAGGAGCAGCGCCGUGGGCGUCCCGGCAGAGUGA